GCGUUCAAAGCAACUGGGAACUCGGAAAUAAGUCAAAUGAUGACGUCAGUGAUCUUCAGGUCGGAAGGUCUGUGCUUUCCAGUUCCCACGUUGGAAUUCCGAGCUGGAUGACCUUUCAAAUUGAUUUUUUCCCAGUCUGAGCUCGUUUUUUUCGAAGUCCCAGUUGUUUUGAAUUCGGAAGUCAGAGAUUUCCGAGUUCCCAGUUGUGUUGAACGCGGCAUUAGCUACAACAACAUCUCUCAAAUGCUAUGGUUGGUGUGCAGUGAUGGCUUUUAUAAAGAGGAAAGAACGAUCGAAAGAAAGGUUUUCUCUCCUGUUGCUGGACCUGGAAGAGUAUUACUUUGAACAGCACACAGUGUAUCAUGUGACAACCAGUUCAGCCAAAAAAAGAAAGAUCAGAGGGUCACUCAAAGUAUGCUCCAAAUCCAUCAUAUUUGAACCUGAGGACCAUGUGGAGCCCAUUUUAAAGAUUCCUCUCAGAGAUUGCAAAAAGAUUGAAGCGGUUGAAGAAAAGGACCAGAAUCCUUUCAAUGAGAGCAAACCAGCUGGCCUCACCAUUUUAUGCAAACAGGUUUACCUCAUCAAAGAGAACAAUGUCGUUGCACCUUACAGAGUUGAAAGGGGAGACAGUACCUUUCUCUUCCAUCUGGAAGUUUCCAGUAAAACGGAGGAUGUUGUCCAAACAUUACUUCAGCUGCAUAGGGCCUCUUGUCUGGACAAGCUUGGAGACCAGACUGCAAUGAUUGCUGCUAAUUUACAAUCCAGAUUGGCAAGAACUUCAUUUGACAAGAACAGCUUUCAGAAUGUUUCAGAAAUUCCACACAUGGAAUGCGAGGCGGAGAUGGUCACUCCAUUGGUUACAAACCCUGGUCACGUGUGUAUAACUGACCAAAGCCUCUACUUCCAACCCCUCAAUGGCUAUCCUGAACAGGUAGUCCGAAUCGAGCUCCAUCGAGUGAAACAAAUCUAUAAGAGAAGGCAUGGACUCAGGCCAUUGGGGCUGGAGGUGUUCUGUACCGAAAACGACUUCUGCUCGGACAUCUAUCUGAAGUUUUACAAGACCAGCGACAGAAAUGACCUCUACUACUACAUCGCCACGUUUCUGGAGAACCACAUGGUGGAACACACAGCGGAGAGUUACAUGCUGCAGUGGCAGCGCGGUCACCUCAGUAACUACCAGUACCUUCUGCACCUCAACAACCUGGCUGACCGCAGCGGGAACGAUCUGUCUCAGUACCCCGUUUUCCCCUGGAUCAUCGCUGACUACAACAGCACAGAGCUUGAUAUGAUGAACCCUGCAACUUUCCGUGACCUGAGCAAGCCUGUGGGAGCGCUGAAUAAAGAGAGACUAGAGAGAUUGUUGUCCCGGUACAGAGACAUGCCUGAUCCUCGUUUCAUGUACGGCAGUCAUUACUCCUCUCCAGGCUAUGUGCUUUUCUACUUAGUCAGAGUUGCCCCAGAACACAUGCUGUGUCUUCAAAAUGGCCGCUAUGACAAUGCAGACCGCAUGUUCAAUAGCAUUGGAGAAACGUGGAAAAAUUGCUUAGAAGGUGCAACUGACUUCAAAGAGUUAAUCCCAGACUUCUAUGGGAAUGACCCCAGCUUUCUGUUAAACUGCCUUAGUCUGGAUUUGGGGAAGAGGCAAGGUGGAAGCUCGGUUCAAGAUGUAGUUCUUCCGCCAUGGGCUGCAGAUGCCAGUGAUUUUCUUCAGAAGAGUCAGAAAGCGCUGGAGAGUCAGUACGUGUCAGAACACCUGCACGAGUGGAUCGACCUGGUGUUUGGCUUCAAGCAAAAAGGAAGUGAAGCCGUGGCAGCCCACAAUGUGUUCCAUCCGUUGACAUAUGAGGGUGGCAUCGACUGUGAUAGUAUAGAGGACCCCAAUGAGAAGAUUGCCAUGUUGAUUCAGAUCCUGGAGUUUGGGCAAACCCCGACGCAACUGUUCACCACCCCACACCCACAGAGGAUAACACCCAGAUUCCAGAGCAUAUCGCGAACACCCAGUGUAAACACACCCCUCAACGAGCUUUCUCCAGCAUCCACCAGUGAGGACUCCUCCUUUGAAGACCUAACCGAAGAGACUAGGAGACUGGCUUGGAACAACAUAGCUAAACUCAAGUUGAUGUCUACCCACAAAAUCCAUAAAGAGGCUGUGACGGGCAUCGCAGUGACGCGGACCGCGUCGUCUGUCUUCACAACAUCACAAGACUCGACACUGAAGAUGUUCUCCAGAGAGUCUAAUGGAUUGCAGAGAAGCAUGUCCUUCUCCAACAUGGCAUUAUCAUCGUGCUUGAUGCUACCAGAGGAUAAGGCCGUAGUCUGCUCCUCUUGGGACAAUAAUGUGUAUUUCUACUCGAUACCAUUUGGCAGGCGUCAGGACACGUUGAUGGGUCAUGAUGAUGCCAUCAGUAAGAUGUGCUGGAAGGACAACCAGCUUUACACUGCAUCCUGGGACUCGACAGUCAAGGUUUGGCAAUGUGACUCUGCCGAUAUCGCGAAUAAUAAGAGAUGCCAAUUCCAGUUGCUGGCAGAGUUUGAACACGAAGCGGGGGUGAACACUAUUAACCUAAACCCAGCAGGUACUUUGUUGGUUUCGGGGACUAAGGAUGGAACCGUCACCAUUUGGGAUACCAGUAGCUCAGUACAACUCCAUCAAGUCCACUGCCAUUCAGGAAAGAUCCACGAUGUGGCCUUUAGUCCUGACAGCAGACACAUCUUGAGUGUAGGAGAGGACUCGUGUCUGAAGGUAAUCGACGUCCAGACGGGCAUGAUGAUCUCGUCUGUGCAAGCUGAUGAGGAGCAGCGUUGUUUCUGCUGGGACGGGAACACGGUCCUGUCGGGCGGUCAGUCCGGACACCUCCAGGUCCUGGACCUGCUAAGCAACAAAGUGACAACCAGGAUCCCUGGACAUUCAGGUGCAGUCACAGCGAUGUGGAUGAACGAGCAGUGUAGCACAGUGAUCACAGGUGGCGAAGACAAGCAGAUCAUCUUCUGGAAACUUGACUGUUGACCACGGUGCUAGAUAGUCCCUCUGUACGUGUAUGUACCGAGGUGAAGUCCAAGAGGGACACUCACAAUGAGACAUCUUUUAUACUGUCUGGCUCCAACCAAAGAGACUAUCAUCGUCGGUCAAGGUAACUACAUAGGCUGGCUGGCCUGCUGGCUGGCUCACCCAGAGAUGGUAAUGCAUUAUCAUUGCACAUAUGACUUUACAAAUAUACUGGUCCAGUUAGAAGGGACAACAAUCAUACUCCUGUCUGGAGUUCUCAAACAAAAUCUAAUUAUGAACAAUAUAACCAUCCUCAACCAUGUUAGCGUAAUAACUUGGCCAUCCUCAACCAUGUUAGCGUAACAUGUUGGCCAUCCUCAACCAUGUUAGCGUAACAACUUGGCCACCCUCAACCAUGUUAGCGUAACAACUUGGACAUCCUCAACCAUGUUAGCGUAACAACUUGGACAUCCUCAACCAUGUUAGCGUAACAACUUGGCCACCCUCAACCAUGGUAGCGUAACAACUUGGCCACCCUCAACCAUGUUAGUGUAACAACUUGGCCACCCUCAACCAUGUUAGCGUAACAUUGGCCAUCCUCAACCAUGUUAGCGUUACAACUUGGCCAUCCUCAACCAUGUUAGCGUAACAACUUGGCCAUCCUCAACCAUGUUAGCGUAACAACUUGGCCAUCCUCAACCAUGUUAGUGUAACAACUUGGCCAUCCUCAACCAUGUUAGCGUAACAACUUGGCCAUCCUCAACCAUGUUAGCGUAACAACUUGGCCAUCCUCAACCAUGGUAGUGUAACAACUUGGCCAUCCUCAACCAUGGUAGCGUAACAACUUGGCCAUCCUCAACCAUGUUAGCGUAACAUAUUGGCCAUCCUCAAUCAUGUUAGCGUACCAUAUUGGCCAUCCUCAAUCAUGUUAACGUAACAUAUUGGCCAUCCUCAACCAUGUUUACGUAACAACUUGGCCAUCCUCAACCAUGUUUGCGUAACAUAUUGGCCAUCCUCAACCAUGUUUGCGUAACAACUUGGCCAUCCUCAACCAUGUUUGCGUAACAUAUUGGCCAUCCUCAAUCAUGUUAGCGUACCAUAUUGGCCAUCCUCAACCAUGUUGGCGUAACAUAUUGGCCAUCCUCAACCAUGUUAGCGUACCAUAUUGGCCAUCAUCAACCAUGUUAGCGUACCAUAUUGGCCAUCAUCAACCAUGUUAGCGUACCAUAUUGGCCAUCCUCAACCAUGUUAGCGUACCAUAUUGGCCAUCAUCAACCAUGUUAGCGUACCAUAUUGGCCAUCCUCAACCAUGUUAGCGUACCAUAUUGGCCAUCCUCAACCAUGUUAGCGUACCAUAUUGGCCAUCCUCAACCAUGUUAGCGUACCAUAUUGGCCAUCCUCAACCAUGUUAGCGUACCAUAUUGGCCAUCCUCAAUCAUGUUAGCGUAACAUAUUGGCCAUCCUCAAUCAUGUUAGCCAAUAGAAAUGUCCAUUUGAACCUAGUGAGGGUGGUAUGGCGAUGAUUAGAUUCUGCACAUGCCCUCUUGCAGCAUUCCCUUGCUAAUUUUGCACUUCAAUGCUUUUGCCAGACAGUCAACCCAGGUUUCUUUAGAUUUUUUUUUAUUUUUUUUUACAUUAUCUUACUGUACAGCAUGUUUUGCUUGUCAGUCUAUUGUUUCAUUCAGUUGUCAUAGUGCCUUAGCGACUGACCAUUUAAUCAUGAUGUAAUUGACCGCAUAGUGGUCGGAAUAAACCUCUGGCACAAAACAAACUGUAUAGCAAGCAGUGUUUCAGAAAUACCUGCAGUAGAGAUUAUCAUGACAAUAAAUAAAUGUACAAUGUAACACACUUUGAGCAGCUGGAAAAGCUCUAUAGAAAUCCACUCCGUUCAUAGUAUUAUUAAAUACACACAUGCUACAUAAAAAUAUAUUCAUUCAAAUUUAUUUUCACCCACAAUUUUCAUUUGAGAGCAGCAGUAAUUCAUUGCUAAUGCAUGGGAAAUGUCCAAGAGUUAUUGUAGAUUUAAAAUAAAAAAUAAAAUAAAAAAGGAAUAUAUUAAUGCACCUAACUGUUGAACUUACACUGAGGCAUAAUUCUAAAUAAUGUUUAUAAGCGCUUUGGCCCAACUGUAUUUGGGGAACUGCUUUACUGUGACUGAGUAGACUCAGGAACUCUCACCCAUGCAAAGAGUGCAUUUCUUUCAAGUUUGUCAACCUUGCUAUAGCAAGAUAAAUAUGUGUGUUACUGAAGCGUUGUGCUAUGGCAUAGACUGCCAAUGCACUGUAACUAACCAUAUACCACCCUGUACAUCCAUUUUAAUAGAGAUGACCCAUCUUGUUUUAUUACUUUAGAUUGUAUUUACAUUAUGUGGAGCUUAAACCUGUAUUAACAAGGUAGUUACAUAGCCAAGUACUGUAGAAUGUAAUUGCAGUAUUGGAACAUAGUUUUAAGUACUAUGAUACAUGUUUUCCAUUUGUGUAAAAUUACACAUUUAGACUUUUUUUAUAUACAUCGGAUUUGUGAGGGGGAAACCUCCAAUUUAGAUGUAGUUUAACCUCCCCUUUUCCUAUUGCUUUCGAUUGCACAGUUGUCUCCACUGUGAUCAGUUUAUUUGCGAGUCCUUGUAAUCCUUAGACAGGUGUAACAGUUGUAAGUAAUAUGUAACAAAAUGUACUCAGAAUCUAGUACCACUACUAGCACUGUAAGUAAAAGCUGCCAGCAGCAUUUGGCCUAAUGGGAAGUAGCUAAAAACGAAGCAGUGCCCUCCUAGUGACGUAAGUGAAUGUAUUUGAGUGAGGUUGCUGAGACAAACUAUGCUGUAAAUCGGGAUGUCUACUAUCUUUCAUGCCUCAGGGCUAACAGUGUUAUGUUGCUGCAGUAUGUCCUCCCAGCUUUUGUGUACUGUACAGAUCCUGCUCAAUAAAAUAUUGCACAUCUGUGAAUA